CCUCCUGCCCCUGGCCCGGGGACCGCGCGGGGCGGGAGCCUCGGAAACCGGCGCCGGGAUCGGCACCCUAAGGACUCCCGCCGCGGGGUCCACGUGGACCCUGGGCCGCGGCGGGACAGAAGCCAGUCCCCGCGCGUGGGGGAGGGGGCGUUGCAACAGGGUUCCCCUUUUUCUGCAGCUUUAAGCCUGGGGAAGUGAUUGCUCAAAGUGGGGGGGCCGGAAGAACCCAGGUUUCCGCGUCUCCCGCCCCCACCUCAGCCUGGUGGGGAGGGCCCUAGGCGGGACAGCGGGUCUGCCCCCGCCCCCACCCCGUUGGAUCUGGCAGCCGCUCAGCACUGCGAGUCGCAGGGGAGGCGCUGCGCCCCCAGCCCAAGCCGACUGGGGGCUCCUGGCGCCAGCCUCGCUCUAGAACGUGCAGGAGGACCUCCUGCCGUCUGACCCGAGUCCUGCUGCUGCAGUGCACGCCCCUUCGGCAGAGCCAGGGUGGGGCCCAGAGCGAACCUGGCCCCUCCCGCCCCCACCUCGCCUUUGGGUCGCUGGCCGGAGCUGCUCAGCCGGCUGGGACUUCGGCGUCCCCCAUACCCCUGCACCACUGGGAAGGUGCGCUCAGACGGCAAGCAGAAGGGACCCAGCGGCUCAGACCUGGGAGCAGGACGCACCCCCGCCCCCGCUGCCGCCUGCUUCCCCGCCUGGCGCGCCCGCCCUGCGGACAUCCCGCCCCACAUCCUAGUCAAAUCCUCCAUGCUGCAGGCCUAGGCCGCUGCCCUGCUGAGUCCCCAUGAGCAGACCCCCAGGCUGUGGUGAGGGUCCUGGAGCAGGCACCACGGAGCCCCAAAGACCUCCUCCCAUCCAUGCCCACCCCGCAUGAGGCUGAGAAGCAGCACAUAGGACCAGAGGAGGCGGACCAGCCCCCCUCAAUGUCCAGUCAUGAUGCGGCCCCCCCGGCUCCCCCAAGACGCAACCCUUGCUGCUUGUGCUGGUGCUGCUGCUGCAGCUGCUCCUGGAACGAAGAGCGGCGGCGAGCAUGGCGGGCCUCGCGGGACAGCAGGCUACAGCCCCUCCCCAGCUGCGAAGCUUGCACCGCACCAAGCCCCGAGGAGGUGCAGAGUUGGGCCCGGUCCUUCGACAAGCUGAUGCACAGCCCGGCUGGCCGCAGCGUGUUCCGGGAGUUCCUGCGCACGGAGUACAGCGAGGAGAACAUGCUCUUCUGGUUGGCCUGCGAGGAGCUCAAGGCUGAGGCCAACCAGCACGUGGUGGAUGAGAAGGCGCGGCUCAUCUAUGAGGACUACGUGUCCAUCCUGUCCCCCAAGGAGGUGAGCCUGGACUCCCGGGUGCGGGAGGGCAUCAACAAGAAGAUGCAGGAGCCGUCGGCACACACGUUCGACGACGCACAACUGCAGAUUUACACACUCAUGCACCGAGACUCCUACCCCCGCUUCCUCAGCUCCCCUGCCUACCGUGCCCUGCUGCUCCGGGGGGGCUCCCCGUCCUCCAGCGAGGCCUAGGCUGCCCACUCUCGCAGCCCAGACUAGGGCCCUCUCCCGUGGGCAGAGACUUCUCACGAAUGUCAGCAGGUGUCGGGCACACCUGCAGGGCCCAGCACCCCUGGGGCAGUCCCAGGUAGGAGCUCCAGGUGCAGGGCAGGGCAGAAGCCCCCUUCCCUGCCUAGGGGUCCUAGUGCCCCAAAGUCCUCCUGAGAGGCAGAUGUGAGGGCCUCUGGGCCCUAGCGCCCCCUCCCGCACCAGCCCCCACUGGCCGGCAGAGUGCUCCUGCUGGGGUCCCACGUGGUAAGAGGAGGCACCCUCCCUGGGAACACCCUGGACCCACAAACCUCACUGGGUCCUCCUCCCCAGGCAGUUGGGGGCCCCAAGAAAUGCCCUGGUGGGGAAGAGAACCUCUGAACUGUCCAGUUCUCUGACAUGAGACCUCCAGCUGGUGCCAUCUGCACCCCAGGAUCCCAGAACCAGAACCUCAGAACCAGGCUCAAGGGAGCAGGACCCAGUAUCUCUUUUAUGUGUUUUUAGAGUUUAAACCAGGAAACAUGGUCCUCACUGUGUGUUUUAUGAAAAAAAAAAGAAAACUGUUUUCAUAUUUAACUCCACCCCUCUCCCCCCUAAAAUAGGAUCUUAUUAUUGAAGAUGCUUUUAAACCAAA